AUGUCACUCAAUCAAGAAGAAAAUUGUUAUUGUGAUCCAACAAUACCAUCUAUAGGUUGUAAUAGAGUAGGAUGUUUAUCAAUUGCAAUAGUAUUCUUAAUAUUAUUCUUGGUACCAUUUGGAGUUUGUGUAUAUCGCAUUGGAUACAGCUUCAAGACCAAAGCAAAGAAUAAUUGGUCUUUAAUAUCACAUAUAUUUAUAAUGGUCACAUGUUUCUGUAGGAUAGUGCGUUCUGCAUUACAGAUAAAGGAGAAUGAUAAUGCGGUGUUGAUGGCAUUGUUAUAUAUUGUACCAAUAUGUUUAUUGAUAGCAUCGUAUUUGAAUACUUUAUACGUUUGGAUCAAGAUCAUAUAUCAUAUCAACUUCUCAAAGAUUGUCGCCAGAAUAUUUCCAGCAAUGGGAUGGUUCCUUAUAUGUUACCAAGUAGUCCUAUUCGUCCUAUUCUUAAUUGGAUGUAUAGUAUAUUGGGCACCAAUCGCUACCAAUAUUGUAUUCCUAAUAUAUCUAGUCAGUGGAGC